AUGACUAUGAGUACCAACAACAACGGCAACCACAGCAAAGAAAAGCUUGUGGUUGAGGUGGUUGCAGCGCACAACCUCAUGCCCAAAAACGGUGAAGGUUCCUCUUCACCAUUUGUAGAAGUAGAGUUUGAGAAUCAAAGGCUCAGAACCCAAGUAAAAUACAAAGACCUCAACCCCAUUUGGAACGAAAAGCUUGUGUUCCAUAUCAAAGACGUGGCUGAUCUUCCUUACAGAACCAUAGAAGCCAAUGUCUUCAACGAGAGGAGGUCCAGCAAUAGUAGAAAUUUCCUGGGAAAAGUUCGAGUUUCGGGCUCUAACAUUGCAAAAGAAGGUGAAGAGGUUCCUCAGCUUUAUACCCUUGACAAAAGGAGCCUUUUUUCUCACAUCAGAGGGGAAAUAAGCUUCAAGCUUUACCUUUCAACAAGGGAAAAGGUCAAGGAAGUUGGGGCUAAUGGAACAGUCUCCUCCUCUAUUUCUGCUCCUUCUGCUCCUUCCGCUCCUUCUGCUUCGGCUUCUGGGUUUUCGAAGAAAAGCAAGAAACUUCAGGGACCAAACUCAGCCAUGGCGGCAAAUCAGCAGCUGGUGCAAGAAACAAAGCAAACCCAACAGAACCAGAACAACAACCACCACUCAAAGAAUGUGGAUCAGCCAAGUCCAGGUGAGGUGAUACUGAUGAACAAGCCUGUUUUGAUUAAUACAGGGCCUGGUUCUGUUAUGUCCGGCUCCGGAGGCGGUGGGGUGGGUGGGUACUCAAAUGGGUUGACCGAGUUUUCACUCAAAGAGACUCGGCCUCAACUCGGAGGUGAGUCUUUGAAAAAGGACAAAACUAGCUCUACUUAUGACCUUGUUGAGCAAAUGCAGUACCUUUAUGUGAGAGUUGUGAAAGCCAAAGAAAUCUCUUUGUUUGGUGGUGGGGAUUUGGUGGCUGAAGUAAAGUUAGGGAACUACAGAGGAAUUACAAAGAGGGUUGGUUUGAACAAUGUUGAGUGGGGUCAAGUUUUUGCUUUUUCAAAAGAUUGCAUACAGUCAUCAAUGGUGGAGAUUUUUGUGAAAGAGGGCAGCAAAGAUGACUUCUUAGGCCGUGUUUGGUUUGAUUUGAAUGAGGUUCCCAAGAGGGCCCCGCCGGAUAGUCAGUUGGCUCCACAAUGGUAUAGAAUGGAGGAUAAGAAGGGUGAUAAGUCGAAAACAGGGGAGGUGAUGCUUUCAAUUUGGUUUGGAACUCAGGCUGAUGAGGCAUUUGCUGAAGCUUGGCAUUCGAAGUCUGCCAAUGUGAAUUUUGAUGGGCAUUGUUCGAUUAAGUCGAAGGUUUAUUUGUCCCCGAGGCUGUGGUAUUUGAGAGUUUCCAUCAUUGAAGCUCAAGACAUUGUUCCUGGUGGGAAAGGGCCUGCAAUGAUGUGGUUUCCUGAGCUUUCCGUGAAAGUUCAGGUGGGAAACCAGGUUUUGAGGACUAGAAUUGCACAGCCAAGCAGCUUGAGGAGCCUCUCCAACCCUUAUUGGAAUGAUGAGAUGAUGUUUGUGGUGGCUGAGCCAAUAGACGACUUCUUGUUGGUUUCUGUUGAAGACAAGGUCGGGCCAGGGCGUGAUGAGGUGGUGGGGAGAGUGCUUCUUCCGAUGACAGCAAUCGAAAAGCGCACAGAUGAAAAGCCAGUGGCUUCAAGAUGGUUUAAUCUUGACAACAACCAUUUCAACAAUGCAGCAGAAGAGUCCAAAAUGAUGACAAGGUUUGGGUCUAGAAUUCAUCUUCGGGUUUCACUUGAUGGUGGUUAUCAUGUGCUAGAUGAAGCCACAAUGUAUAGCAGUGAUCUUAAGCCAACUGACAAGCGGCUUUGGAAGCCUCACAUUGGUGUGCUUGAAAUGGGGAUUUUGGGUGCAACAGGGCUUAUGCCAAUGAAAAUCAAAGAAGGGAAAAAAGGGUCUAGUGAUGCCUAUUGUGUUGCAAAGUAUGGUCACAAAUGGAUUCGAACUCGAACUGUUGUCGAUAGCUUGUCCCCAAAAUGGAACGAGCAGUACACUUGGGAGGUGUAUGAUCCCUGCACAGUUGUCACAAUUGGAGUGUUUGAUAAUUCCUGCAUAAACAAGAACUUGGCAAACAAUCCAGGAGCUCGCGAUUCACAAAUUGGGAAAGUUAGGAUUCGAUUGUCCACACUUGAAUCUGAUCGGGUUUAUACUCACUCGUAUCCCCUCCUCAUGCUGCACACUUCAGGGGUAAAGAAAAUGGGUGAGCUUCAUUUAGCUAUUCGGUUUACAUGUGCUAAUAUGGCUAACAUGAUGCAUAUGUACACAAUGCCACUGUUACCAAAGAUGCAUUUUGUGAACCCUUUGAGUGUGAAUCAAUUGGAGACCCUGAGGUACCAAGCAAUGAAUGUGGUGGCCUCUAGGCUUAGCCGGGCAGAGCCGCAAUUGGGCAGAGAGGUCGUGGAGUAUAUGCUUGAUCAUGACUCCCAUAUGUGGAGCAUGAGAAGGAGCAAAGCCAACUUCUUUCGACUAAUGAAUGUUCUCUCAGGACUUGUUGCUAUGGGAAGAUUUGUGGAAUUGAUGCGCAGUUGGAACAAGCCAGUCUACUCAGCUCUAUUUGUUGCAUUUUUCCUCUUUCUCGUUGCAUUUCCAGAGCUCAUAAUCCCAAUGAUUUUGCUUUACACUGCCUUCUUGGGACUUUGGCGAUAUAAGUCUAGACCACGCCAACCUCCCCACAUGGACACCCAGCUUUCCCAUGCUGAGAGCGUCUAUGCCGAUGAAUUGGAUGAGGAAUUCGAUUCGUUCCCAACAAGUCGGAGUGCUGAGGUUGUUCGAAUGAGGUAUGACCGGCUUAGGAGCUUGGGGGGAAGGAUUCAAACUGUUGUUCGUGACAUGGCUACACAAGGUGAACGCUUCCAAGCAUUGCUGAGCUGGAGAGACCCGAGGGCCACAUUCUUGUUCUCCAUCUUUUGCUUGAUUGCUGCUGUUGUGUUCUAUGCAGUGCCAAUCAGAAUUGUGGUGGUUUUGUUGGGCUUGUAUGUUCUGAGGCCGCCGAGGUUCAGAAGCAAGUUGCCUUGCCAACCUUUGAGUUUCUUUAGGAGGUUGCCCACCAGGGCUGAUAGCUUGUUGUAG